AUGGCGGGCAAUUUCAACUUCAAUUUUGGCCGUGAUCUAUUUGGAAAGAAAACAUUGCCUAAGAAGUCCCCUCCGGCUCUCCGGUUCGUUCUGCCCAACCACAACGAUUACGAGGUCGAGAACGAGCCCGAAGAAGAAGAUGAGGACGAUUAUGUUUCUACAGGCAUGUAUUUGAAAAACAAUGACUCCCCUCCUACCUCUCGCCGCCGCAGCCAGAGUGGCGUUGCCUUUCGCACGAAGUCUGAUAGUCCUUUUUACCUCGCUGCCGAUCCAUCUACUAGUGACUCACGUGUAUAUGGUCAAGCCCCUUUAACCCUUGACCAGGCUACUGAACGUUAUCGUGGAGGUCAGAACCCCGAUGAACCUGAAGCACCAGGGUCAAGAGCUGGUUUUUACAACGUGCUUGACGCAGGCCCAAACAACAAGCCGCACGGUCGUUCCCGUUCUAUGGGCGAUAUCCUGACCGUCGCAGCAGCCGUUAAGCCACCUCCCUCUUCGGGUAGCGAAGGUCAACCCUACAUGAAGUUUGAGUGUACCCGCUCCAGAACACUCUCUCAGAUGAGAACUGCGAAAGCUAGAAGGAUACCCCCUCCACCAUCACUGUAUCAGGAUAGAUCGUUUGCUCAAUCCUUCAAGUGCUUCUUUUCUUUUGGGUCUCCCAAGGCUCCCUCUUCACUGGUCACUUCACAGUCACUUGAUAUCCUCCCCACUAUUGCGGAUGCUCCCCAGAAACAAUCUAGUAUCUACUCCCGUAGUGUGCUCAGUGCUCUCUGGAACAAGGUCAAAAAUAUGAAAUUUCCGGGCCGUUGCUUUGGUAAACAGGCAGUCAUUAUCCCUUCUAGUCCUAUUUUGAAACCAGUUCCUUCGCCUCCACGCUUAGGGGCGGGCUUGGAGGCUUUGCAACGACGGAACUUCAAUGGCAUUAAUGUUGCUACUAAGGUUCCACCCGUUGACUACCACCAACUUUUUGCUUCCUAUGGCGCAACAUACGUUUGA